AUGGUGGCCUCUGGGUGGUCGCGCACGCCUGGUCCUGCUCUGUGCCUGCUCUGUGCCUUUGAUCUGCUGCUGUUGCUGCUACCACCCCACAUCCAAAUGGCCGAGGGUCCCACCAGGACGCCCAGCGAGGCUGCCCCGCCUCCCCGGAAGAAGAAGAAGGAUAUUCGCGAUUACAAUGAUGCGGACGUGGCGCGUCUUCUGGAACAGUGGGAGAAAGACGAUGACAUCGAGGAAGGAGAUCUCCCAGAGCACAAAGGGCCCUCGGCACCUAUCGACUUCUCGCAGAUAGACCCGCGCAAGCCUGAGAGCACAUUGAAAAUGACCAAGAAAGGAAAGACUGUCAUGAUGUUUGUCACCGUAUCAGGAAGCCCCAUGGAGGAGACGGAGGAAAUCACCAGUCUCUGGCAGGGCAGCCUUUUCAAUGCCAACUACGACGUCCAGAGGUUCAUCGUGGGCUCAGACCGCGCCAUCUUCAUGCUUCGUGGUGGGAGUUACGCCUGGGAGAUCAAGGACUUUUCGGUCAGUCAAGACCGGUGUGCUGAAGUAACUCUGGAGGGACAGGUGUACCCUGGCAAAGGAGGAGGAAGCAAAGAGAAAAACGAAACAAAGCAAGAGAAGGGCAAGAAAAAGAAGGAGGGAGUCCCGAAACCUCGGGCUUCGAAGGAAGACAAUCGAGCUGGGAAUACACGAGAAGACCUGUAACAGGGCAUCCACGGCCUCUUCCAGGGACACGCAGGACAGGACUCGGCCAAGGCUUGCGGGGUGGGGCAGGCGUGGGAAACCGCACCGCGGAGGGAAUUCUAGUUCCUCUAGAGAAGGUCUGCCACAUGACCAGUUUGUGCUCAGUGUAAGAAUUACUGUUGAAACGGCUUCAAGUAAGAAGACAGAGGUUUUGUAAUUAACAUUGGACACUGACAGAUUCAGGGG